AUUUAUACCCGUGCGACCGCACCUCAUUCACAAACCAAACCAAACCAAACAAAACCGAAGCAAAAGCAUCCAAUUGUAAGCACUCUCAGCAGCUAAGUGCGGAUCCAUUGUUUGUUUGUUUGUUUGUUUGAGGUAAAUUGGGAGAUGGAGGCGAAGGGUGGAGCAACGACGGCCGUGGCAGUGCUCUUGCUGCUGCUGGUGGUCGUCCCGGAGGCUUGCCGGGCGGAGCGGUUCGUCGUCGGCGAUGCGGCCCGGUGGACGUGGGGGUACAACUACACGGACUGGGUCAUCCGGAAGGGCCCCUUCUUCCAGAACGACAGCCUCGUGUUCACGUACGACCCGCCGAACGCGACGACGCACGCGCACAGCGUGUACCUGAUGCGGAGCCUGGCGGAGUACCAGUCGUGCAACCUCAAGGCGGCCAAGCUGGUGGCCGGGGUGAUGCAGGGCGCCGGGUCGGGCUACGAGUUCGUCCUCAAGAAGCGCAAGCCCCACUACUUCGUCUGCGGGGAGCGCGCCGGGCUCCACUGCACCGCCGGCCAGAUGAAGUUCGUCGUCAAGCCCAAGAGCUCCGCCUGCCGCGACUGACCCGUCCGUACCUCGCGCUUCCUCAGCCGUUCCUCGAUCAGCCGGUGGUUCGCCGUCUUCAUCCUCUGCAUGCCUUCUCCUUCUUCUUCUGGCUCAAAUCAAAUCAUUUUAAGCUUUGUUGCUUGUAAGUUAAUCAUUUGUUAUAUUUAUAUAUGUGUCGUGUACGUGGUGUAUUCGUGCCGAGUACUGCUGUAGUACUAUUUAUGUGUACCGUGUGUUGUUAGAAAUCAAGGGAGGAUGUAAUGAGAAAUGAGGGUCUCUGAGUAGCUUCUGUGUUAUGCUCUCCUGGUUUAAACAGAACAGUCAAUAGCCUUGAA